UUCAGCUGCUUUUGAAGUGAGUUUCUUUGCCAGAUCCCGGGCUGGAUGGGCAGCGGCUCGCAUCACAGCUGAGCGGCGGAGGCGAGCGCUCCGCGCCGCGCCAGCCGGGGGAGCUGAGAGCGGCCGAGGGGGACCGCGGCACACGCUCGCAGCCCCCACCCCCGCCCCCAGCACAGCCCAAGGAUUACUCGGCUUUUUUUCUUCCUCUUUCUCUCCGGCCGGCUCCCCCUUUCCCUCCCCCUCCCUACCCACGCCCUCCCCGCCAGAGAGAGCCACGGGACAUUGUAUGUUUGUUUUUCUGCUCGGGGGGCGUGUGGCUUUUUUCCUUUCUCGCCCGCAGAAAGCGAGCGAGCGUUUCCGAGUGCGAGCGGCGCCACUUGCCCCAGUUUUCAUGCGAGGUUUUGGGUCAUGAUCACAUCGCCCUCGCUUUCUGCUAUAAGAAGUAGUAAGCGCAGCAGCAGCCUCAGCGAGCCCGGAGGCAGCCCCCGCCGCAGCCGCAGCGCCGCCGACCUCGCCGGGCCGAACGGGCACGCUGGGAAUAACGGCAGCAGCGCCGCCGCCAAGCCCUGCUUCCACGCCGUCCCCCCCUCGGACCCGCUACGCCAAGCCAACCGCCUUCCCAUCAAAGUCUUGAAAAUGCUCACGGCGCGGACUGGACACAUUUUACACCCUGAAUACCUGCAGCCUUUACCCUCCACGCCCGUCAGCCCCAUCGAGCUGGAUGCAAAGAAGAGCCCCCUGGCCCUUUUGGCACAAACUUGCUCGCAGAUAGGGAAGCCGGACCCGUCCCCUUCCUCCAAACUCUCCUCGGUCACCUCCAAUGGCUCCGGAGGCGACAAGGACUCCAAGUCGGGCCCCUUGAAGCUCAGCGACAUCGGCGUGGAGGACAAAUCGAGCUUCAAGCCGUACUCCAAGCCGGGCGCGGAGAAGAAGGAGCCGGGGGCGGCGGGCUGCGCGGGCGCCCCCGCCGCGGGGGUCGCGGCCGGGGAGAAGUCGGGAUUCCGGGUGCCGAGCGCCACCUGCCAGCCGUUCACCCCAAGGACAGGCAGCCCCAACUCCAGCGCCUCCGCCUGCUCGCCCGGGCUGCUGCCGGCCGAGGGCAAAGGCGGGGAGGACAAGAAGGACUCGGAGGGCUGCGGAAAGAGCGGCAGCUCCGGCUCGGAGGGAGGCCCGGGCACCACCAGCAUCAGCCACAGCCGGAUUAGCGUGAGCUGUGCCGGGAUUAACGUGGAGGUCAACCAGCACCAGGAGAGCACGCCGGGCUCCAAGCCCAUCGCGUCGGACUCCGCCUCCUCCUGCAGCAGCACCACCGCCACCUCCUCCACCUCCGUUCUGGGCUCCGGCCUCGUGGCCCCCGUCUCCCCUUACAAGCCGGGCCAGACCGUUUUCCCCUUGCCCCCGGCGGGCAUGAGCUACCCGGGGACGCUGGCUGGAGCCUACGCCGGCUACCCGCCACAGUUCCUGCCGCACGGAGUGGCUCUGGACCCCACCAAAUCCUCCAGCCUGGUGGGGGCCCAGCUGGCCGCCGCCAGCAGCCUGGGCUGCAGCAAGCCGGCGGGGUCGAGCCCGCUGGCGGGCGCGUCGCCGCCGUCGGUGAUGACGGCGAGCCUGUGCCGAGACCCGUACUGCCUGAGCUACCACUGCGCCAGCCACCUGGCAGGCGCCGCCGGAGCCUCCUGCGCCCACGACCAAGCCCUCAAGUCCGGAUACCCCCUCGUCUACCCCACCCACCCUUUGCACAGCGUCCACUCCUCGCUGACCGGCGCCACGCCGCCUUCGCUAGCCGGCCACCCUUUGUACCCCUACGGCUUCAUGCUCCCCAACGACCCCCAGCCACACAUCUGCAACUGGGUGUCGGCCAACGGACCCUGCGACAAGCGCUUUGCCACCUCGGAGGAGCUGCUUAGCCACUUGCGGACCCAUACUGCCUUCCCGGGCACCGAUAAACUCCUCUCCAGCUACCCCAGCUCCUCGUCGCUGGCCAGCGCAGCGGCUGCGGCCAUGGCGUGCCACAUGCACAUCCCCACGACGGGCGCCCCGGGCAGCCCGGGCACGCUGGCCUUGCGCAGCCCGCACCAUGCGCUGGGACUCGGCAGCCGCUACCACCCCUACUCCAAGAGCCCCCUGCCCACCCCCGGGGCCCCCGUGCCCGUGCCCGCUGCCACCGGACCCUACUACUCCCCUUACGCACUCUAUGGGCAGAGACUCACCACAGCCUCGGCCCUGGGGUACCAGUGAGUGCAGGCAGCGGGGCUUUGACACACAACACAAAAGUCUAGCGGUAAGGGAAGGAAGCCCUGCGAAACUUUGUAAAAGUUGGAAAGAAAAAAAAAUCUGACUUUUUAUAAAAUAGUGUUCAUUUGAGGACUGGAUCCAUGAGCACUGUAUUUAUUUAUGUUAGCUUCAAGCGGGACAACGAAUCAUAAAGUGCAUUACUAAACAGAGCUCAAUAGGUAAAAGUGGAACACCCAUUGUAGAAUAUAAAUAAAAAGAUAGAGGUCUUCUCUUUAAUGUUACUUUAAAAUUGCUAUGAUUGUAUUGUACGUUCUUAUUUAAUGUCUCAUUGAAACAAAAAAAUUUACAUGCAUGUUUGUUACUAAAAACAACUCGCAAUUUGUCAGUUAUAAUUUCAAAUUGCAAUUAUUUUUAAGGUGUAUACCCUUGAAAGAGAAUUGGUAUUUUUUUGUAUGUAUUCUGGAAGAAAAAACAAAAACAAUUCUAUUCCAAAAACCUCAUUUGCCUUAUUUUGUUCUUUAAAAGGAACACUUAACUAUUUUUAAUUUUUAAGUCCACCCUGUAAAAAGGGUUAAGUAAGGUUUACGUCAUGUACUAAAAUAGACAAUGUAUCGCUUUAAAGAUUAAAAUUCCGUAUAUUUGAUGUA